ACGAGGACGAACAAUACCGUAAGGAGCAGGAGGUCCUGGUCAGCAUCAGGCGUAGCUAAGGCCUGGCCACAACACAGAGGGAGGAAAGAGGCAAUGGCUCUGUGGGAUUGCGAGAUGAUGUGUUGUUUUUGCCAGUGUGUGUGUGUGUGUGUGUGUGUGUGUGUCGCGCUCGAGGGGUGGCACCGGGAACGUGUGUUGUGGCGGCCGCGUUGAGGCAAGAGGCAGGGAGGAGGGCCAGUCAGUGACGGGCCGACGCGCGAGUUGUGAGGGUGUGCGUUCAUGUGGCUCCGCGACGCGGUGGUCAAUGGCGGGAGGUGUUAACCCGCCUCAGCUUGUGUUGAGAGUUAGAAAUAUUGGUGGUGUGUAUUAACACUGUGGAUCAUAAGCUACACCGCCGGACGCGACACAGUUAUCAGUGUUAGUGUGGCCCGUGACGCCGCUAAAAGCCGUGUCCUGGCCGCAGCGGGGAUGAGUUGACGCCUUUGGGGGCGCCUGGAGAAAGGUUGUGCGCCCUCAGGUAAUGCCAAGCAGAUGAGGGUGUUAGUUGUGAUGUGAGUGAGCGCGUGCCUGGUUGACUGACAAGUGAAAGUGCCGGGCAGGAUGCCGUCCGUGAGUCCCACUGGGCCAGAUAUGUACGAGGGGUCGCCUCCCCCUCCCGUCAGCCCAGCCACCUCCAUGGAGCUGGGCGGCUCCUUCACCUCACAGUGCUCGGUGGAAUCCCUCGGCUCCCUGGACAGUGGCCACAGCUCUUCUGCCGACAAUGGGCCAAACGAGAGUCAGACGGGCACUCCGUCCCCGGGAGCUCAGAGCCCCGCCCUGGUGAUCACCAACCCCAGCACGCUGUGUUCCAAGGCACGGGACAAGGAGGGCAAUAUGUCUUCCCCUGUAAGUUUGGCUUCCAUGGGCUGUCAAGACCGUCCGCCGUCCAGGAUCGACAGGUCUCUGUCCAACACAUCCACAACUUCCGUCACUUCUGAUAUGUCCAUGAAAUCCACCGACACUGUGGGCUCCAGCACCACCGUCAACUCUGACCAGACGGGGGCAACCUCCACUUCCACCUCCUCCACCACCAUCGUCACGCCCAUCAAGACUAAGGAGGAACUGGACUCCUACAUCGACCACCUGGACUCUCUGUGGUCGGAGGAGGACGAGUGGAUUAUGAUAUUUGACAACUUAAUUAAGAACACUGAGGCGUCAACGAGGACGCGCCGCCACACACACCACCAUAGUCAUCACCACACCAGCGGCACCACCAGUUACCACAGCUCACCUUACCAGUCGCCAUACAAAGCAGGAAAAGGCGAUGAUGACGUGGAUAGAGCAAGUCGGUCUUUGCCACGUCGGAUCCUAGCGUUGCGGAGAAAGGUCAAGUCUGGUGGCAGCAAGUCAAGGGCAAGCAGUGCCCCACCUGUCAGGCGCACCGUCCAGGGGGCUGCGCUCCCACCCAAAAGUGCUGGAGGAGAGAGUGGUGGGGGCCCCCGUUCGGCUAUCAAGAGGGUGCCUUCAAUCAGUCGGGGCAGAGUAGGCUCCUCGUCGUCUAAUGCAGCUGCAGCAGGAGCAGUGGACGAAGCCUCUUUCUUUGCACUGUUUGAGGAUGUGCCAAAGGUCACCAUAUACUCCCACAAGGAACUAGAGGAUACACUAACGAAAGUGCGAGAAGUUAUAGCAAGUCAAAGCAACGACUGGGAUAAAAGAGUGGAUGCUCUCAAAAAGAUUAGGAGUUUAAUCAUAGCUGGUGCUGGAAGUUAUGAGGAGUUCUACCCUCACCUAAGGCUGCUGGAACCAGCCAUGCAGCUUUCCAUCAAGGAUCUCAGGUCACAAGUGGUACGAGAGGCAUGUGUCACGGUGGCCUACAUGUCUCAGGAACUACACCAUAAAGUGGACCACCUUUGUGAGACUCUUCUUCCAAGCUUAAUUAAUUUAAUCCCAAAUAGUGCUAAGAUCAUGGCAUCAUCUGGAAUUGUCACAAUUCGUUUCAUCAUACAAAACACCCACCACCACAAGCUGAUCCCCAUCCUCCUGCGAGAGCUGAGCAGCAAAAACCGAGAAAUUCGGAAAGUGUUGUGUGAGGUGCUCGAUCAGUUGGUCCACACUUGGCCCACACACUCCAUGGAGAAGCACAUUGUCAUCCUGUCUGAAAGCAUAAAGAAAGGAAUCACUGAUGCUGACCCUGAGGCACGGGCAUUCUCAAGGAAAGCUUAUUGGGGCUUUGCGGAUCACUUCAAAGAAGAAGCAGACAAGUUGCUAAAUUCUCUUGACCCUAGUUACAAGAAGAUGCUCCAGGGUGAGAUGGGCAUGUCAAACUCCUCUUCAUCCCAGUCUCUUCAUGGCUCACAGAGUAAACAAGUUGGUGGAGGUCGCACUGGCUGGGCAAGGUCACCCUCCACUGCAGGGAGCACUGAGAAUCUCUCGGGACAGUUCUCUAGGCCGUCACACACCAGCAUCCAGCGAUCUGCUAUCCCUACUCCUGCCUCACAUCGACCACAAGAGUCUUCAGCCUCCCCUGUCACACCCACCUCCAACUUCCGAUCCAACAGUGCCAUUGACCUACAGGCUGCCCGGCGGGCUCAGGCUCGUUCACAGUACGCCCAAGCCCAGAGGCUCAAGGUGGGCUCUGGGGCGUCACUACGACCUGAAGGAGAGGAUAAAGCACGUCCAAGAAAAACGUCCGAUCAUCCGCCCAUCAGCUCCAUUACCUCCCCAGACCGCAUGGGCCGGUCCAGGAGUCGGGGUGGUGUUUCACAGUCCCAGCCUGGCAGUCGUAGUGGGUCUCCCUCAUCACGGCUCAGCUAUCAAACAUAUGCAUCACCUGGUGAUUCUGGUACCAUGGGGCGCACCAGACGCAGGAGUGGGAUUCCCCGCUCUACUGGUACCUCAAGGGAACCAUCACCUACCCGCUACAGUGCACUCAGUGGAAUAUCUCCCUCCAAAUGCCGGUCAAGGUCAAUCUCUGGUGCAUCAGAAAUGCCUCCCCAAGUGCCUGUCAAGUCACGGCAGGUGAUGGCACAGAAAAUUUUGCAGCAGAGUCGGGAAGCAGAAAGUGCUCUGGCUGAUGCCCUGGUGAGCCUACCACCAGGAGGAGUUCUGCGUUCACCAAACAGAAAAAUGUAUACAAAAGCCUUUGAGGACCAAUCUGACAAUGACAGUGAAACUUCCAGUGUUUGUUCUGAGCGCUCUUUUGACUCCAGCAGACAAACUAAUCUAAUCUGGUAUGGAUCACAGCAACGUAUUCUCAAGGAAGUCUGGGAACCAUCAUCCAAGAUGCAGGAUGUGAAUGACAUCAUUUCAAACUGUGCCUCUCCCCACUGGGGUGACCGCAAGGAGGGCUUGGUGGCUCUAAGGAUAUUCCUCCAGGGCUCCCACAUGCUCACUGGCUCAGAGCUGCGGAAAGUCACUGAAAUCUUUACCAAAAUGUUCAUGGAUGCCCAAACCAAGGUGUUCACCAUGUUUCUAGACACACUCAUGGAUCUGAUCAUGGUGCACAAGGCAGACCUUGGGGACUGGCUCUAUGUGCUCCUCACUCGGCUGCUCAAUAAAUUGGGUUCAGAUCUCCUUGGAUCAGUGCAGACCAAAAUUCACAAAACCUUAGAUUUAGUGAGAGAUUCAUUCCCCUGUGAUCAACAGUUUAUUGUUAUCAUGCGGUUCUUAGUGGAUCAAACUCAAACUCCAAACUGUAAAGUGAAGGUGGCAACUCUAACUUACCUUAAGUGCUUAGUGGAUGUUAUGGAACUAGGAGACCUGACUGCCUCCCCUGACACACCAGUGGCCUUGGCAAAGAUCCUAACAUGGACAGCAGACCAGAAAUUCCUUGAGAUUAGAAGAGCAGCAUCUGCAGCCUUCAUUGCCAUGUUCAACUGUAAUAUGACAGAAUUUACAGCUCUUCUACAGCAGCUUCCUCCUGCAUGUCAAAGCACUGCAUCACAAAUAAUACAGACGCAUUUGAAAAGGGUGUCCAGUCUCGAUGCUUCCCCCUCCUCCUUGCCUCCACGAACUCCUCCCAGCUCAGGGGGCACUCCAGUACUGCAGAGUCCAAAUACUUCACUUCCUCGCUCCCACCGACCUGCAAGAUAUAAUACCAUUGAUUUUGAUGACACAGAAAACCUUAACCCAGAAGAAGUUUACAGAAGUUUGAAGCGCACAACAGCAGAGAUCCAGAACUAUAGCUUUGACCUUGAAAGUUUAGAAAAGCAUAGAGACUCCACAUCACAGGACUCGGGUAUUAGCCAACUAUCUGCUGGCGGUGCUGACAUCCGUAGCAGUGAUGUGGUGGAUGACAAACAUGCUGAAGACACCAAUGGCAUCCUGUCUGGCCGGUCAUCGAGUGUAUCCUCCCCUACACACCGCCAACUCUCUCUCAUGUCUGAUUCAUCGAGGAACGGCCUGGACACUCUUACUGAUGAUGACUUGGGUGACGGACAGGAAAGUGAUGCUGAGGUAAUGACAAACGUGAUAGCCGAACUGAGCAACACUGAUGAGGGUCGCACAGUGGAGAAGCGCACUGCCCUCACCAAUCUCAUCCGCCUUGCCCGCACUGGCUCAACUCUAGUGUGGAAUGAAAACUUCCGUGCAGUCCUGCGGCUUCUACUGGAAAGCCUCAACUGUGGAGAUGGGGGUCAACGGGCCCUGGUGCUUGCAGUGCUCACAGAGAUGAUGCGCAGGAGUCCUCUAGUCCAUCACUUCCUUAGCUUCUCAGAGUUGAUCAUCCUGAGAGUACUUAAUGCACAUGCUGACAAGGAGAAGGAAGUGCAUCGGGCAGCUGUGGUUUGUGCUGGCACUGUGGCUGAGAUUCUUCCUCCUGAAGUAGUUAUCCGUGUCCUUAAGCCCCUGAUCCAAAUGGCAGAAUACCCAGUCAACCAGGCAUCCAUCAAAAUGCUUAAUAAGCUAGUUGAAGCUCAUCAACCAUCAAUUGUAGCUGCAGCCCUACCAGAAAUUAUGCCGGGACUCAUCAAGGCUUAUGACAACAAGGAGUCCUGUGUGCGUAAGGCCUCUGUGUUUUGCAUGGUGGCCCUACACAAUGCUGUGGGUGAGGAGGCUAUGGUGCCUCACUUGGAAGCUCUCACUGGUUCCAAGUUGAAACUCCUUAAUCUUUAUAUCAAGCGAGCAGAAACUCAGAACUCUGGAGCAUCUUCCCCAAAGUCUGAACCCCCAAUGUAAAGUGGAAGAUUGAGGUUGUGAGUAAGACAAGAAAGGGUACUCCAAGUGGCCUCAUCAUCAUGGGAUGAUCCUGUAUCUAACAUGCUUGUGUGUGUGCAUGUGUGUAUGUGUGCGUGCAUGUGUGUGAGCAUGCUUGUGUACAUGCAUGUGUGUGUGCGUGUGUGUGUGUGCACGCACGCACGCACGCACGCACGCACGCACGCACGCACGCACGCACGCACACACACACACACACACACACACACACACACACACACACACACACACACACACACACACACACACACACACACACACACACACACACACACACACAAAAGCAAGCAAACUGUCAGCCAUCAAAAAUGGAAGAAAAAGCACAUGUGAUAUAUCCAUAUUCAGUCAUGAGAACUAUGAAUUGCCUCACACAGAAUAUUACAAAUAUAUACUUUGUAUUUUCUUUGGCAGGUUUGAAUAUGCUCACAUUCAUCUUGGCACAAAAUUUUUUGAAAGAGCCACAUAACCCAAAUCUUAUCCAAAGACCCUCAAGGCAAAUCUGGGUGAUAGGACUACCCUACCAUCUGGCUAGGGCAAAGAGAGGAUGGUAUCAAUUAUCUCUUAUGAUUUUUUCUUUAAUAUUUUUUAAAAGAAAUGUGAUACAAUAAAUGUAGUGUGUUAACCUUUCAGUAUGUGCUGGUUUAAUAUCUCAAAUCCAAUUUUCUAGUGUGUAUUUAGGGAUAAAAUUGGGUUGAUUAUUCUAUUAUGCUUAUGCAUUUGCUCUAGAAUAAAUCCUCAAUUUUUCAUGUUUUACCAUCAUUGUUGAAUAAUAAUUUCCUAUCUUUAUCAUGUCAUUGUUGAAGUAAUGGGAAGCUAGGAUAAACCUCAAAGUAAGUGCUGACCUAACUUUAAGUAAGAAUGCUGGAUUUGAGAGGUUAGACCUCUAUAUGAGAUCUGUGUAUACAUCAUUAUAAUUGCAGGGUUGAAGGGGAUUUAUAUGAGGAAUAUUUGGAGGAUUGUUCUGAAUCAUAGAAUUUCUGUAAAUUUUUCUAAAUUGCUGUGUUUUCCAUGAAAAAAAGAACUUUUACAGCAGCAGCAGUAGACCCACUGGCUGUGAUGCCUAGUGAGUCUACUAUAGCUGACCUGUAGUUUUAUCAAUUUAUUUGCUUACAUGGCAAUCUUUGUGUGAUAGAUUAUUAUGUGAUUACUGAUAACAUAUAUAUAUAUGGCUUUUCUGAGCAAUGUGAAAUUCUGUAAAGCAAAGAUAGGAUAUUAAGGACCAGGCAGUAUCACUAUUUUGAUGCAUAUGUGCCAUUAGGAGUACCAUUAAUGACAAAGGAAGCAAGUGGCAUGACUUCCUUUUACAUAUUUAAAUUUUUUUAUGCAUUGUACUUUGAAAAAAGUCAGACUUUCACGAAAAGGAAGAAUAUGAUACAACUAUUAACACUAGUGUCAAUAGUAUACUUCAUCACUAGGGGCUGGGAGCUAGUCAAAUGUGCUUUGAAUUGGCGUCUUGAUAGUGUUGUAUGUCUAUUUUGUAUUAUGUUUUAAGCAUAUUUUACUGAUACGUAUGUGAUUGGCUGAUAGAUUUAUCAGCUCCAUUGAUGAAAAAUUUGCUUCUUUUAGGAGGGUCAGAACAUAAUUACCAACAAGCUUGUGAACCAUAUGAUUUUUUUUUUUUUUUUUCCCCUCCAACUUGGAUGAGUAUGGUCAUGUUGGGCAUCUACAGAAGAGGUGUGUGUAGACCCACCAUUCCAGUUUCCUGAGCACCUGACAUAGCUUGGCUUGAAUGCUGGCUUGUUGUGUGCAAAGCUUUUGGUGAAAUGUAUGAUAGUGACAAACAUGUAAUAUAAAUCAUGUACAUAAUAGAUAUUCUUUUCCCCCCUUGGUCAUGGAUACUAAAUCUUCCAAUAUUUUUUUCUUUUUCAAAAGUCUUUAUUACUUAUGAUACUUAACACUAUAUUAUCUUUUAAGCAAAUGAGUUACUGGCAUGAAAUUGAGGCAAUUUCUAAGAAAGUCACUGACAUUUAAAGGCAAAAUCACACAAAAAGAAAAGAAAUAAAAAAUCCAUUCUACUUUUUAACUCUACCUUCUUUGGGGCUGCAUUAGUUGUGUCCUAAAAUUUAGCUGCUGCCAAUCAUACUGCAUGUGACCAUUGGUGCUGAGGCUCUGAGCUACAACUAUCUGAAGUAUUUCCGAAAUAAAGGAUUUUCCCAGACACAGAACACCCUGUAAACCAAUACUGUGUGUGUGUGUGUGUGUGUGUGUGUGUGUGUGUGUGUGUGUGUGUGUGUGUGUGUACAUACAUGCUUAUGAUGGUUAGCACCAUAUUUGAUGGCUUAUGAGAUGUAUGUGUUUCUCUCUCUCUCU